GUGGGUGAUUUGGCGCGAAAAGUUUUCGUCCGCUGCUGGGGGAGAGGACGCGGAGGCAUUAUGGCGGAUUCUUCUGAGUCAUUCUCCAUGGCGACUAGCCCUAAUCAAACUCCUCGGCGUGGAGAUGCCUUGACUUCCAGUCCAGGAAGAGACUUACCACCAUUUGAAGAUGAAUCAGAAGGUCUUUUAGGAACUGAUGUGCUGCCAGAGGAGGAAGAGGAUGGGGAGGAUCUGAUAGGAGAUGACAUGGAACGGGACUACCGUGUUAUUCCGGAAUUGGACGUCUAUGAGCAGGAAGGUCUGGAUGAUGACGAAGACCUGGAGGAGUUGACUGCCAGCCAACGAGCAGAAGCUGAAAGAGAAAUGCGAAGGAGAGACGAUGCAGAGGGUUUGCGCCAAGGGCGGAUGAGGAUAGACCUCUUGUACGACAGUGACGAUGAAGAUGAAGAGCGUCCUGCACGAAAACGGCGCCUGGCAGAACGAGCAGCUGAUGGAGCAGCUGAAUUUGACGAGGAGAUGAUUGAAAGUAUUGAGAACCUGGAAGACAUGAAAGGCCACUCAGUCAGGGAGUGGGUUUCCAUGGCAGCACCUAGACUAGAGAUCUACCACCGUUUCAAGAAUUUCCUCAGGACUCAUGUUGAUGAGCAUGGGCACAAUGUUUUCAAGGAGAAGAUUAGUGACAUGUGCAAAGAAAAUCGAGAGAGCCUAGUGGUUAAUUAUGAGGACCUGGCUGCGAGAGAACAUGUGCUAGCCUACUUUCUACCUGAGGCCCCGGCAGAAAUGCUAAAGAUCUUCGAUGAAGCAGCCAAAGAGGUGGUCCUCUCCAUGUACCCAAAGUACAACCGUAUCGCCAAAGAGAUCCAUGUCAGAAUUUCUAGCCUGCCCCUGGUAGAGGAACUCCGAUCACUGAGGCAGCUUCAUUUGAAUCAGCUGAUCCGGACAAGUGGAGUGGUUACCAGCUGUACUGGAGUCUUGCCACAACUCAGUAUGGUCAAGUACAACUGUAAUAAGUGCAACUUCAUCUUAGGACCAUUCUUUCAGUCCCAGAACCAGGAAGUAAAACCAGGUUCUUGUCCUGAGUGUCAGUCUGCAGGGCCAUUUGAAAUCAACAUGGAGGAGACAGUUUACCAAAAUUACCAAAGGAUUACCAUUCAGGAAAGCCCAGGCAAGGUUGCAGCUGGCAGACUGCCCCGCUCAAAAGAUGCAAUUCUUUUGGCAGACUUGGUGGAUAGCUGUAAACCAGGUGAUGAAAUUGAACUCACUGGUAUAUAUCACAAUAAUUAUGAUGGCUCCCUCAAUACGGCCAAUGGAUUCCCAGUCUUUGCUACAGUAAUCAUGGCAAAUCAUGUCACAAAGAAAGAUAAUAAAGUAGCAGUCGGUGAACUUACAGAUGAAGACAUUAAAGCCAUUGUGGGUCUUUCAAAGGAUGAGCGAAUUGGAGAACGGAUAUUCGCCAGCAUUGCACCUUCAAUAUAUGGUCAUGAGGACAUAAAAAGGGGGCUUGCAUUGGCACUGUUUGGAGGUGAAGCGAAGAACCCAGGUGGGAAACACAAGGUGCGUGGAGACAUCAACGUUCUUAUGUGUGGUGACCCUGGCACAGCAAAAUCACAGUUCCUGAAGUACGUUGAGAAGGUCUCCAGUCGAGCAGUCUUCACCACUGGACAAGGUGCUUCUGCUGUUGGUCUCACUGCCUAUGUACAGAGGAAUCCAGUGAGCAGAGAAUGGACUUUGGAGGCUGGAGCUCUUGUAUUAGCAGACAGAGGAGUAUGCCUCAUUGAUGAGUUUGAUAAGAUGAACGAGCAGGAUAGGACCAGUAUUCAUGAAGCUAUGGAACAGCAGAGCAUCUCCAUCUCUAAGGCUGGUAUUGUGACCUCUCUGCAGGCCAGAUGCACGAUAAUUGCAGCUGCCAAUCCUAUAGGUGGUCGAUAUGAUCCUUCAUUGACCUUUGCGGAGAAUGUGGACCUCUCGGAGCCCAUCGUAUCCAGAUUUGAUGUUCUGUGUGUUGUUAGAGAUACAAUUGAUGCUGUUCAGGAUGAACUACUGGCUCGUUUUGUUGUGUCCAGUCACAUCAAAAACCACCCAAGCAACAAAGAGAAUGCAAAUGAAGACUCAGAGGAAACCAGACUACCGAACAACUAUGGUGUGGAUCCAAUUCCGCAGGAGCUACUGAAGAAAUACAUAAUUUAUGCUAAGGAGAGAGUGCACCCCAAGCUGAAUCAGAUGGACCAGGACAAAGUAGCAAAGAUGUAUAGUGAUCUCCGAAAGGAAUCAAUGGCAACAGGCAGUAUUCCAAUUACAGUGCGACACAUUGAAUCUAUGAUUCGCAUGGCAGAGGCUCAUGCUCGCAUUCAUCUGAGAGACUAUGUGAUGGAGGAUGACGUCAACAUGGCCAUUCGAGUCAUGUUGGAGAGCUUCAUCGAUACGCAAAAGUUUAGCGUCUUAAGAAGCAUGCGGAAGACAUUUUCACGGUAUUUAGCAUUCAAACGUGACAAUAAUGAGCUGCUGCUCUUUGUUCUGAAGCAGUUGGUGGCAGAACAGGCCACUUAUCAACGCAACAGGUAUGGAGCACAACAGGACGCAAUUGAAAUCCCAGAAAAGGAUUUGGUUGAAAAGGCACGUCAGAUCAACAUUCACAACAUGUCUGCAUUCUACGAAAGUGAUCUCUUCAGAAUUAACAAAUUCACUCAUGAUGUGCGCAGGAAGUUAAUUGUACAGCAGUUCUAAUUAAAAACAAAAUGAAGAAUCUGAGGAGGCUGGCAGAAUGAAAAGACUGCUGGCAUCACUUUGGAACAGAUGAACAUUUUGGAUGCCUGCAAAGAUGAACUAAUUGCUUAAGAAUGCAGAAUAAAAGCCACAUCUAGUCUCAUCAAAAAAAUUAUCCUAUCCAAGACCUGAACUCUCAAACUCCUGCUUCUAUCAUCCUGUCCUUUACUAUUCUAGUUUUACCAACAAAUAUCUGCAUUUUGACACAUUUUUUUAAAUCCAAAGACCCUCUGGCAGAAUUUUCCCCAUUUGUUCGGUUUCACUGUAUAUUGUAUGUUGUGAGAGUCAUUACAGAGUGACAUUAUUUCCCUGAUCACAUUGUAGUUUCAUUGAUGUGUAUAAUUAAAACUAGGUGUACAUGCUAUAACUUUUGUUACAAUGAAUGCCAAUAAAGAUGUCUUUU